CCAUUGUAAAGGAUUGUUAAGAUGCUUAAUACAAAUUUUGUAGUACCACUCUAUAUGAACAUUUAUUGAAUCCCUCAAGUUCAUUGUUUUUCUAAUCUAAUCUUCUAUUUUUCAUUGCAGACUAAACGAACUACAGGAUUAUAGGUUGUGAGUGUUUUGAGGAUUUUCUUCUAAGACCUUCAAUCCAGCAAAAUGGCAUCUUGCACACAGAUUCACACCCUUGGGGGUACAGGCUUCCAAUCCUCAUCAAAGAAGCCAUCCAAGAAUCCCAUCUCUCCAAAAUCCGUGUUUUUUGGUACACAACUAAACAAUGGCUUUCGCAAAACCCCAAACCUUAGAUGCAUGAGGAAGGACAAAGGCUCCGGUUUUGUGCCUUUGAGAGUUGUAUGUGAGAAGGUGGUCGGCAUCGAUCUAGGUACUACAAACUCAGCAGUGGCAGCAAUGGAGGGUGGAAAGCCAACAAUUGUUACAAAUGCUGAGGGCCAGAGGACUACACCUUCUGUUGUGGCAUACACAAAGAAUGGUGAUCGUCUAGUUGGUCAAAUUGCAAAGCGCCAGGCAGUGGUGAACCCAGAGAACACAUUCUUCUCUGUGAAGAGAUUUAUUGGGAGGAAGAUGGCUGAGGUUGAUGAGGAAUCAAAGCAGGUUUCAUACAGGGUGGUCAGGGAUGAGAAUGGUAAUGUGAAGCUUGAGUGCCCGGCAAUUGGAAAGCAAUUUGCUGCGGAGGAGAUUUCUGCUCAGGUUUUGAGGAAGCUUGUAGAUGAUGCAUCAAAGUUUUUAAAUGAUAAGGUGAACAAAGCAGUGGUUACAGUGCCAGCAUAUUUCAAUGACUCUCAAAGGACGGCCACAAAAGACGCCGGCCGCAUAGCUGGUUUAGAGGUUCUUCGUAUCAUCAAUGAGCCUACUGCGGCUUCACUGGCGUAUGGAUUUGAAAAGAAAAAUAAUGAGACCAUUCUUGUCUUUGACCUUGGUGGUGGAACGUUCGAUGUUUCAGUUCUUGAGGUUGGAGAUGGCGUCUUUGAGGUGCUCUCAACAUCUGGGGACACUCAUUUGGGUGGUGAUGACUUCGACAAGAGGGUUGUAGAUUGGCUUGCUGCAAACUUCAAGAGAGAUGAGGGCAUUGAUUUAUUGAAAGACAAGCAAGCUCUUCAGCGCCUCACAGAAACUGCAGAAAAAGCCAAGAUGGAGCUGUCAUCCUUAACUCAGACGAACAUUAGUCUUCCAUUUAUUACUGCAACCGCGGAUGGUCCAAAGCACAUUGAGACGACUCUCACAAGAGCCAAAUUUGAAGAGCUCUGCUCAGAUCUUCUCGACCGCCUGAAAACUCCUGUCGAGAAUUCCUUGAGAGAUGCAAAGCUCUCGUUCAAGGAUUUGGAUGAGGUUAUCCUUGUUGGUGGGUCUACAAGAAUCCCAGCCGUUCAGGAGCUUGUGAAGAAGAUAACUGGGAAAGAGCCGAAUGUCACUGUUAACCCUGAUGAAGUUGUGGCCCUAGGGGCUGCAGUACAGGCAGGAGUGCUUGCUGGUGACGUGAGUGACAUUGUGCUUUUGGAUGUAACCCCUCUUUCCCUUGGUCUUGAAACCCUCGGAGGAGUAAUGACAAAGAUCAUCCCUCGAAACACCACUCUCCCAACCUCCAAAUCUGAGGUCUUCUCAACUGCAGCUGAUGGGCAAACAAGUGUGGAAAUCAAUGUGCUCCAGGGAGAGAGAGAGUUUGUGAGGGACAACAAGUCACUGGGGUCUUUUAGGCUCGAUGGCAUCCCACCUGCACCACGGGGAGUGCCGCAGAUUGAGGUCAAAUUUGAUAUUGAUGCCAAUGGGAUACUAUCGGUGGCAGCCGUGGACAAGGGGACAGGGAAGAAACAGGACAUCACCAUCACCGGUGCAAGUACCUUGCCCAAUGAUGAGGUGGAUAGAAUGGUGAGAGAGGCAGAGAGAUUUGCCAAAGAAGACAAGGAGAAGAGGGAUACAAUCGACACCAAGAACCAGGCAGAUUCUGUUGUUUACCAAACUGAAAAGCAACUCAAAGAGCUUGGUGACAAGGUCCCUGCCUCGGUCAAAGAAAAGGUGGAGUCAAAGCUCUCUGAGCUCAAGGGUGCCAUCUCAGGGGGCAACACUCAAGCGAUGAAGGACGCAAUGGCAGCCCUCAACCAGGAAGUGAUGCAGCUCGGGCAGUCCCUCUACAACCAGCCUGGUGCAGCCCCUGGUGGGCCAGGAGCUGGGCCCACAGCCGGAGAGGCUGCAGGAUCUGAUGGCAAAGCAGCGGAUGGGGGUGAUGUGAUUGAUGCCGACUUCACUGAUAGCAAGUGAGGUCUCCAUUUAUCUCUCUCUGUUUAGUGAACACUGUAUAUUCGUGGGGAUUUUUUAGAGGAAGGGCUCAUUUUGGUUUCUUUUUUUUUUCUUCUUUAAUUUCUGUGUUGGGUUGAGAUGUGUGUGGAUGCGGCAUUUUUGGGGGUGAUGGUUUGUCAUUACGAUUAAUGGUUCUGCCUUACACUACUUAUUGGAAUGAGAUCAACUCUCUCUCGCUCUCUCUCUCUA